AUGGAAGUAGUUAUACAUGAAAUGACUCAUAUUUUGGGUUUUAGCAAUUUAGAUAUACCAAAAUGGGUAACUUCUGAUGGAACUCCUCAUAAAAAUCCUACAAUCAAAUAAAAUAUAAGGGGAGUUGAAAAUUUACUUAUUACAACUCCUAACGUUUUGAAGUUUGCUAGAGAAUAUUUUGGAUGUCCUACUUUAGUUGGUAUGCCUCUUGACAGAGCAAAUAACGAUGAAUAUUCAAAUUCACAUUGGAAAAACACAGACUUACAAAACGAAUACAUGAAUUCAUUAAACUCUCCAAACUAAGCUUAUUUUAGUGGUUUUACAACUAAUCUUUUAAGAGAUACAGGUUUCUAUGCUCAAAUAAACGAAAAUAUGGAAGAAUAAAUGUUUUAUGGAAAAGGAGCAGGCUGUGAACAUAUCUUGGGUAAAUGUGAUUCUACUAAAAGAGAAUUUUGUAAACCUAAAACUGACUAGGGAUUAUGUGAUUAUUACCACCACGGAUAUUCUAUUUGUAAAGUUCGCACAUUUAAUGAUUCUGAUUGUAUUGCUAUUAAUAAUAGUGAGAACCUAAUAAAUUAAAAGUGA